CAAGCGAUAUUAGACCUUUCUUCCUGGUCUUUUAGCCAUGGCCUCCAACCUAGCGGUGCGGGUGGCCUCCCCCAGCAGCCAACUGGAGAUCUCUGUGGAUGCCACCACCACCGUGGCUCAGCUGCUGCAGCAGUUGCCGAGAUCUGAGACCUCCUGGGGCGUCCGGAUGCUCUCCUGUGGGGUUCAGCAGCUGGGAGAGGGCGAGAUGCUGCAGGAGGUUUUGUCCUCGCAAGCUCAGUGUGGCGAGGUGCCGCUACUGAGCUUGGCGGAUUAUUCAGAGUUGGGACCACGUCUCAGCCGUACAGAGGUGUGCCGCAUUCCAAGGAUAGAAUACCGUGGCAUCACCGUCGAGCAGCUCUGCAUAUUAGCGGGCUUCACUUCUGAAAUGGCUCCCUUGUGGUGUGAGAUGUUUGGGGAGAAAGCUGGCGAUUCACUGAAGCCCGAGACCUUCAACCUGUACCAUUUGUGCCACUGGGUGUUGAUCCCGUCCACCGCAGUGUCUUGUUGCAGCCUAGUGGAAUUGAUGGCCACCGAUGCCAAUCAACAACGGCCCACUUGGUAUAUCAGCUUGAGUUGGAUCACUUCGCUUUGCAGGUUUGUCGAGUGUGUACGGAGGCAUGCUUCGGUUCGGAAGUUCCCACGGCAAGGAGCCUAUUUCGAACUUGGGUGUGCAAACAACCAACAUGUUUUUGGGGAGGAGGAUGAUAUGCUGAACCCACGAGUCGCGAGAUUUGCUCGUGCAUUGGGCAACUGCCAUGGAAUGUUGCUGGUAUUGGACAGUGAGUUCACACCAGGACAAAGGAUGUGGUCUCUGUUUGAGCUUGCGCUGGUCGUCGAGCGGCGUGACACCAAGACUCCCAUCUUGUUGGAUGUUGGCACCGCAAUGGACAGCCAUGCCAGUCUACUCACCGACGGUCUCACUACAGAGGAACAACAAAUGUCACCACUCCGUGGCAUGCGCCACAAGGCAUGCCGUGAAGCAAAUUUUCCGGCCAGGCUUCUUGAAAAGGUUUUGAUGCUGAAUAUAAGUCAGGCAUCCUGCGCCGUGAUCACGGACAAAGAGCGGAUCUUGAACGCAAUAGCUUUUCCAGAAUGGAAAGAUGACGAGCUGUUUAACCAGGUUCCCCCGAGCGAUCACGCAAAUUAUGAUCGGGUGAACAGUGCCAUUGGUUCGCACGUUGCCUUGGCCUGCUGGUACGCGAUAGAGAGAAACCUUUCGCUGACCCGUGGGGAUGCCUGGUGUGAUGUUUUGACACGCACGUUGCAGUGCGAUCGGACUCGAAGGCUCGUUCAACUCUCCUUCACCGGCUGCCACCACUUCAACGAUAGAAAGUUAGAGGUUCUGGUCUCACAUUUACCUCCUGCUUUACGAAUCCUCCGCUUGGACUUGGCGUUUACUGGUAUUUCCACCUUGGAUUGCUUCGGGGCGCUUGGUGCACUUCCCAUCGCAAGCCUUUCGCUCUCUUUCACUGGCUCACCCUUGUGUUGUGUGAAAGGACUGGGAUGUGUUUUGCCCCAGCUGCAACUGCGAGAAUUGCAUCUUUGCCUCUCCAAGCUCAACUUCCUCGGCGACAUCGAGAGCCUCAUCACUGCCCUGCCAUGUCUUCGUCUUAACGACUUAGAUCUCACAGUGAAUUUGUGUCCGAUGCUCACUGAAUCCGCCCUCCUGGAGAUACAGAACGCCGCCAACCAACGGAGCUGGUGGCGCAGGCGGCGCUCAGUGAACUUUGGGUCCAAGCCGAGGCCCAGUGCGUUCUUCGGCGCCUUCAGCUUGCCGCGUUGGAUGAUUUGCGCUACGCCGCCGAGAGAACAUUUUGACCUCCAGUCGCCCGCAGCUUUGGCCGCCUUGCUGAAGUGUGCAGACAUCCGGCUGGUGCGAGGCGAGUUUCUUUUGGAGCUGCAUGCCGACGGCCAGAACUUUGUACGGCGUCAAGAAGCUGAACACAUGAUGACCAUGUCUGGCCGUAGUGCACUGGUGACCCAUGAGGAAGUACAUGACUGGAGUGUGGGUCGCGAGGUCUUUUGGCACGACGAGGCAACGCCAGAGCAUCGCAGGCCAUGCCAACGCACUCGGAUUUUCAGUGUCUCACAUUGCUGGGAAUCCAGAGAACAUCCCGACCUCAAACACAUUGCCAGUAAUUUGUUCGAUCUUUUUUGGGGGUGUUUCGGGUUUUGGUAGACGUUUGGUGCAAAACAUGGUAGAUGUUUGUGCUCCUUUGGGGAGGAUAGGCAGCUGAUCUCAGGAUCCCUUUGGGCAUCAGCUCAGCAUUCUAGCUUCAGAAGUCAAUGCGACCGACUGGUACUUCAUCGACUACAUGUCGUUGUGUCAGUACCGACGCACACCUGAGCAGACCGAGAGCUUUCAGCUUGCCAUGAGCAACAUGCAUGUGCUCUACGCUCAUGACUUCACGGCAACACUUCGGAUUGAAGAACUCACUCCACCUCACGUGCGAGAACAAAACAACUUGAGGAGAGUGACCAUCUACCAUGAUGCAACGGCCACCGUGCGGGAAGUCUCUGUGGCAGAGCUUUGUGCCAACUGGGCACUCUAUGCCCAACGAGGCUGGUGUCAAGCUGAAGCCCAAUGGUCUCAGACGCGUAGCUUGCCCGCUUCCUGGGUGAUUCCGCAACCAAGGGGCAAUGAACUUGACGGCCGAGCACCAAUGGCCCCAGAGACUUUCCAAGAACUGGUAGAAGCGGACGAGUUGGUGUUCACCCAUCGUGAUGAUCUGAAGGAAGUCGUGCGGCUUCAGAAAGAUGUCUUCUUGGAAAAGGCCAUGGAGGCCUCCGAAUUGGUGUUGGAGAAGCUUUCUCCUCGUGAGUUCUUGGUGCUUGCCACGGCCCUUCCGUACUAUUGUUCGUUGGAUCGCUUGGUGAUUAAGAACAGUGAGAUGGGGCUGGAUGGGGCCCGAGCACUGGCAGAAGCCCUCCGAACGAACACGGUGCUGAAGAGCUUUAGCCUGGAACACACGCUCAUUGCUGAGGGAGGUCUUUUGGAGCUGGCCGAUGCUUUGAAGAAUACCACUGUGCUGCAGUGGUGUGCUUUCGAGGGAAUCACCAUGGGUCACUUGGAGAGAGCGGAGCUGGUGCAGGUGGAGAAGACCAACCGAUAUUUGCAGAUUUUGUACUGAGGCCAUUUGAGGCGCACUUGGCACUCGGCCAAUGCGCUGUUUCAGCCAACAUCUCGUGAUUGUGAGACCGUUUGGGGCAUCAUUUGCACCAGCCCCCCAUCGAAAGAUUAAAAGGAGGCAAGCAAGCAAACAGAUUGCAUUUUGCUCUCCAGCACCACCAAGGAUGCAAACGCCCGGUGAAGGUUUGCAAAAUCCUUCAUUUUAGGCGACACAGAUUCCGGCCACCAAAAGGGCAACUUGAAGACCAGUCCUCGUGCAUCUUGAAAACUGAUUUAUGAAAAACUCC